UGGCUGGCAGCGGGGGGACCAUGGCUUUGAAGGACACAAGCGGUGGCGGCAGCACCAUCCUGCCCAUUAGCGAGAUGGUCUCCUCGUCCAGCUCACCCGGCGCGUCGGCAGCCGCCGCCCCAGGGCCCUGCGCACCUUCGCCCUUCCCCGAGGUGGUGGAGCUUAACGUGGGGGGCCAGGUCUAUGUGACCAAGCACUCGACGCUGCUCAGCGUCCCGGACAGCACUCUGGCCAGUAUGUUCUCGCCUUCCAGCCCCCGGGGCGGCGCCCGACGCCGGGGCGAGCUGCCCCGGGACAGCCGGGCGCGCUUCUUCAUCGACCGGGACGGCUUCCUCUUCAGGUACGUGCUGGAUUAUCUGCGGGACAAGCAGCUCGCGCUGCCCGAGCACUUCCCAGAGAAGGAGCGUCUCCUGCGCGAGGCCGAGUACUUCCAGCUCACUGACCUGGUCAAGCUGCUGUCUCCCAAGGUCACCAAGCAGAACUCGCUCAACGACGAGGGCUGCCAGAGCGACCUGGAGGACAACGUCUCCCAGGGCAGCAGCGACGCCCUGCUGCUGCGCGGGGCGGCGGCUGCCGCGCCUUCGGGCCCGGGAGCGCACGGUGGCGGCGGCGGCGGCGGCGGCGCGCAGGACAAGCGCUCGGGCUUCCUCACGCUCGGCUACCGCGGCUCCUACACCACGGUGCGCGACAACCAGGCGGACGCCAAGUUCCGGCGUGUGGCGCGCAUCAUGGUGUGCGGACGCAUCGCACUGGCCAAGGAGGUCUUCGGGGACACGCUCAACGAGAGCCGCGACCCUGACAGGCCGCCUGAGAAGUACACGUCCCGCUUCUACCUCAAGUUCACCUACCUGGAGCAGGCGUUCGAUCGCCUGUCCGAGGCCGGCUUCCACAUGGUGGCGUGUAACUCCUCAGGCACCGCCGCCUUCGUCAACCAGUACCGCGACGACAAGAUCUGGAGCAGCUACACCGAGUACAUCUUCUUCCGUAAGUUCGCGGUCUCGGCGUCUCCUCGUUCUCCGCCCCCUCCCCGAACCGUGGCGCAUUCCAGCGGGUCUGGUGUCCUUGCGCGCCUCCACUCACGCACACACGAUUUACGGUUUCGACCCUUUCGAUAUCCCUUUCGGCUCCUCUCCAACUCAGGAGAGCGCGAUUCCCGUCCAGUCCUCUUUCUUAACUUUAUUGAACUUGCCCUUUGGCCCCGCCCAGCUAUUGGAGGCGCUGGGCUCCCUUCUAUUACCGAGGGUCGGGAAGACACAGGGGCGCAAGGCUGGGCUCCUCGACCCUCCUCCUUCCCUCUGCCUCCGCGGGACUCCCGGGGGUCAACUUAUGUGGGUCCCUGUAGUGUCCCUCCAGAGGGCGGGCUGGCAUCCAGGUAUAGUGGCGCACUGGCUGGAUCGUCUGGGGUUGGUGCGGGUGGGCUCAGGAGUAUCCAAUUACGGGUGUUUUCGGAAGGAGGCGGCGAGAGAAGUGGCGGAUGUGUCGCCAAAGCCUCUCCGGUUCUUAAGAGCGGCUGAUGGGAAAUAGGUCUCCAUACACCCUUAGAAAUCGCAGAUUUCCCUCGCACCAGGUGUCAUCCGUACCUGUUAGGUGUUUUGGAUAGAAGAGGGUGGAGGGAACGGUGUCUGAGUGAUGCUGUCAGCGUUAACCAUUAGCAAGGGACGCGCUGUGUGUGUGUGUGUGUGUGUGUGUGUGUGUGAGAGAGAGAGAGAGAGAGAGGGAGAGGGAGAGGGAGAGGGGGAGGGAGGGAGGUUGUGAGAUAUUGUGUUUUCCUUUCUGGGCAUCUCAGGUGCAAAAGAGGGAUUGAAUCCACUUUCCCGGGGAGAAUAAAUGCAGUGAUUUUCUGAGAACGAGGGAGAGGAUUUGGAAAGCAUCUGGACUGAUGCUUUUUGUAAUGCGCUUCUGGGAAGGGGUUCUGUGGAUCAAGUUCAAGAACCCCACCAAUUAUCACUGGGGCUUGGGGGAUGGGAUAGGGAGCCAGGUGGGCACAGUUCUCAGUGACAUUUAUAAAGUGAGGAGGGCCACAACUAGAGAGCUGUUUGGACAAAUGAAAAGCCAUCUGGGAUGGCAGCAGGAACAUCAUUUGGCAAACAUUUUUUCUUUUUCAAGACACAAGAUUUAAAACUUGCCUGUAGUGUUGAGUAGCGCUGACAGCCUAUGAUAGAAAUAAGUCCAGCUUUAAGUGUUUUAUUUAUUUAUUUAUGUGUUUAUUUGGUAAUUCACUCACUUUUUGGGAUCCAGGCAGUUUUGUGUACUUUAUUUUGACUGGGGAAGUGGAAGGGACCUCUCUUUGCAUAGGCAUGCUUUACUUUUCCCUAGAAACUUGUGGACCUGAAGAUGUCCAUUACUUUGUUUAUUAAGAGAUAAUACAGAUUGUCUCUAAAUUAUGAGAAAAAUGCUCAUAAAAUAGUAUAUUGAAGUUCGAAACUCAGCCGGUUUAACUCAUGAUUUGAGAAAUAUUUGGAAUUCAGGAUAUUUCAUUUCCGGAACUGGAAGAAGUGUAAACAAAAUAAAAUAUUUACAUUUUGCCUAACCACUUGAAGAGUACUCACAUAAGGUAUGAGUUCUGAGAUCCAUUCAUUAAAGCCCCAGAAAUCUUAUAUAUAGUAUAGUCUUUUUCAUUGAUUAUCCUGUGGGGGAAAAUACACAAUUCCAGAUUAAACAUGGUUCUUUUGAAGUAGUUUUCCAGUCAUUGGUCAGUGGUGUUCUAGUCAGUGACCAACCAAAUGUAGUUGCAGUUUUUAAAUUUGUGAUAUAAAAUUUAUCUUGAACUCUAUUAUACAUAUAUUAAUUUUAUGUUUUAUAUAGCUUACAGCACAUUUUUGCAAAUUAUUUUGGAUGGGUUCCUUUUAAAAUUCGUGAAAGAUGUAUCUAAAAUUUUUGUACUUUUCAUCCUAUUUAGUGUAGUAAUCAUGUUAAGUAUACAGAGUGUAGAUAUGUUGUUCAGCAGUUUCUAUUUGGAAAGAUCAUCAGUAUUACUCAUAAAAACAAAAUUAUUAGAUGAACUUGUUUGUUCACAGCCUUAAAUGCAGAGAGGGCCUUAUUAUCUUUUAUUUCCCCUCACAUAUUUCUUUCAAAAAAUAUUUAUUUAAUGCACAACAUGUAUCGCUCUAACGCCUUUUAAAAUUCAGCCUGCAUGUGAACUUAGUAGUUUGAAAUUGCUCUGAAAACUAUAGAUUUGUAGUUAAUACACUUGAACAUCAAUUUCAGCUUUUCGUCACCUCCCCGGUGCUUCACCCCUGAGUUUCUAUGUAGAUGGAGGAGAGAAGCAAAUGGUUCAGUAAUUCCAGACAUGGCCAUUUGACAAAUGUGUGAUCUUGUUUAAAUGUUCUCAGUUUCCUCACCUGUGUAAUGGAAGCUAUUAUAGUACAGAUUUUAUAGGAUUUGAGAAUAUAUGUAAAGUGCUUAGACCAGUGCUUGACCUAUAAUGAGAGCUUAAAAAAUGUUAGCUGCUACAGUUAUGGUAAGACUUUAUUUUUCUUGUCAGUACUAAAUUUUGUUUUUUAGUAAGCAUAGUUGAUUUAGUAGUAAAGUUAAUUAGAAAAUUAUUUUGAAAUUAAAUGAUGGCAUAAUAAACUUUCAGAAGUUUGAGACAACCAAUUUAAUAACCAGAUUCCUUCCUGGAACUUUGCUUUUUCAACCAAUUUCAAGACAACUAGAUUUGCCAAUCACACUCCAGUUAGUUAUUUUGGAUCAGCUCCAACAGAACCCUUUUCUGAUUCCGUGCCAAGAAGUGUUUUAAUACUCUCCAUUAGGAUGUUGAAACUUUGACAGUAUUUUCUGACAAAUACUGAGCUAGGUUCCUAUCUCCUUAAGUGCUUGUAUCCAAGUCAUUGGGUUCUAAUGCUCAAGGUUAUAUACAAGCUAUUAAAGAUUUAAUACCAGCUUCACUUGACUACAUGGAUGUUUUUCUGUAUUGUCAGUCAUAACUCAUUAUUUUAUCAAGACUUUUAGACUCUGCAGUAUAUACUGUUACUAUUAUAUUCUGUAUUAUCCUCUAAUACUGAAGGUAGAUUGUAUUUCUUGAAGGAAAACAGUGAUUUAUUGUGCUUUCUAUUUUUUGGACGGUGUCUGUUCAGUGUAAUUGUGACUGUUUUUAACAAUAUCUAUAAAAAGGCAUUUUAUGUUGGCAUUGUAUUACAUAAGCAAUAGGUAUCUGCUUGAAAUGUGAUAUGUAGACUACUUGUAAUUAAAAUGAGCAUUAUAUAUAUAUUCUCAUAAUAUAUAUUUCUCAUAAUCAGUGUGUUUAUAGAGAGGUAGUGCUGAUUUUCUUAGUGUUUUGAAUUUUGCAUUCUGUAUUAGUUGAGUAACAUGAUGUGAAAGAAUACAUUUCUCUAGGUGUCCUUGAUAUUCCUCAAAUUUGGAGUAUCCUUUUUUGUUGUGAUGUAUGAGACUGCCAGAUUUAAAAAAUAAUGCUAUUACUGAAUUGGGCUGUGAAUUCUAAUUUGUCUUAAUGGAUUUUUAUAUCCAUGUUUUCAAAUUUAUUCUGAAUUAUUUCACUGUGUUGGGUUGAAGAAAGCUAGAGAGGUUGCAGACAUUCAAAGAACUCUUCAAUCCUAUGGUAGCAGGCCUGUUGGCAUAAGGCUUUCUAAGAAACAUCUUUAAAGUCAUUCUGUUUAGAUGCAUACCUUUAAAAUUGUAUGUUAUUUUCUAGUCUAAAAAUACUUCUACUUUUAUCACCAAAUAUUGUUUUAUGGAAAAGAACUUUGUUUCUCUCUUUUUUUUUUUUUUUAAGUUGGUUUUUUUCCUCCUGGGGACUUACUAGCUAAUUUUAUUACUGUCACGGAAAAACUUCUGCAACCUCAUGCUGAAUGACUUUUGACUCAGUGGGGAACAGGUGACUUUUAAAAAUAUGAUUCUUACUUGAUAUAAAUAGUUGCAGUGGUAAAGCCAACAAAAAAAUGAGAAAAACCUUGGAUUACAAAAAGUUUGGAGGCUAUGCCAUGGCAUUGGCUCUUGUUUAAGGGCAUUUUUUAUAUAUAUAUAUAUAUAUUUUUUUUUUUUCCUGUCUUUUUAGGGCCACACCCAUGGCAUAAGGAGGUUUCCAGGCUAAGGGUCAAAUAGGAGCUGUAGCUGGCA